AUGAAUCUCGGAACUGAAAUACCAGCUUCUCAGACUGCUAUAUAUCUCAGGACACUUCCAGCCAUCCGAGAACGAUGUGGUCGCAUCCACGCACUAGCGCAAGAAGGUAAACUGGAGUACUUUGAAUACCAUCCAGAGAAGGAGGUUGAAGUCGCCCGGUUCUGUGUACAGCUCAUGAAGAGAGACUACGGGGACAACUAUGCCAGCAUUAAUCCCCAUGGCCGUUGGAGGCAUCUUGACUCGGGAGCGGAACGCAUAAAGCCUCUGAUUGAGAAAUGGGCAGCGCACUCAACCAACACAGCUGACAUCAAGGAACAAGCUCGAAGGACAAUUGACUUAUUUGUUGUUUCGGUUCUACUAGAUGCCGGUGCUGGAAAUGCCUGGUCAUACAAAGAGUCAAGUACUGGCCUCACUUUUUCAAGAUCCGAAGGUCUGGGUGUCGCAAGUGUUCACAUGUUUGAGUCGGGGAUAUUCUCAAGCGACCCGGAACAGCCAUACAAAGUAGACGCUAUUGGCCUCGAGAAAGUGACCGCGGAGAAUACCGCCGCUGCAAUGCAAGUGAGCGUAUCUAACCCGAUGGUUGGAAUUGAAGGCCGUGCAUCUCUCUUGGUUAAUCUCGGGAAAGCACUCAAAUCUAGUCCUGAAUUCUUCGGUGCAGAUGGAAGACCAGGCAAUAUUAUUGAUUUUCUCGAGAAAGAGUCUAAACUCGAUGGCGAAAUUCGUGUAGUUCCAAUCGCUGCCUUAUGGCAGGCUUUGGUGGACGGCCUGAAUCCAAUCUGGCCCUCACGUAUCUCCCUCGCUGGAGUUUCUUUAGGGGAUGUUUGGCCUUGUCCAUCCCUCAAGGCUUCGAUUGCCAACCCUCAAGAAGGAGACGACCUCGUCCCAUUCCAUAAACUCACAAUGUGGUUGACGUAUAGUUUAGUGGAGGUAUUAGAAAAAAUCCUCAAAUGGCACCUAUCCGGUCUAGAAGACAUGACAGGACUUCCGGAAUACAGGAAUGGAGGACUGCUCGUCGAUCUUGGUGUCUUGACACUCAAACCAAAUGCACUCCCGAAGGAUCCCAAGUCAGGACUCCCGCAUGCCCUGCCCACUCAUCCAGCCAUUGUUGAAUGGAGAGCCAUGACGGUCAUUGAGCUUGAUCGCAUCGCCGAUCUUAUCCGCACAGAACUUGGGCUCGUAGCGUCCCAGCUUUCCCUGGCUCAAGUACUCGAGGCAGCGACAUGGAAGGGUGGCCGUGAAAUUGCCAAAGUCAAGCGACCAGAUACCGGUGGACCUCCCAUCGAAAUCGUCAGCGAUGGAACCAUAUUCUGA